AUGAGUUCCUCAGAACCAGCUCCCCUCCCGGCCCAUCUCGACCCAAAAACAUACCCACGCACCCACCACGAUGCAGCACAAAACAUCCACCUAACACUAACCUACGAAACCCUGGACGCAAACACCGCUCUAUCACAAACAUCCUCCCCGGCCGCAGGUGCCAACAUCCUCUUCCUCGGCACGACGCGCGAUACCUUCGAAGGCCGCUCCGUCUCACAGCUCAGCUACACAGCCUACCCACCUCUAGCGCUGAAGACGCUAGCGGGGAUCGCGGAGGCCGCUGUAAAGACGCAUAAGCUCGCGGGAGUGAGUAUUGCGCACAGACUAGGCACUGUGCCGAUUGGAGAGGCUUCUAUUGCUAUUGCUGUUAGUGCGGGUCAUCGGGGUGCGGCGUGGAGGGCUGGCGAGGAGGUGCUCGAGGCUUGUAAAGAGAAGGCAGAGAUUUGGAAGAGGGAGGAGUUUGUUGAUGGGGGGAUGGAGUGGAGGGCUAAUGCGGAUCGGGAUGCUGAGGGGAGGGUUUUGGGGUCCGAGGGUGUUUAG